AACAUUGCUCAAUCGGUGUUUUCCAUCUGGCUAGAAGAGCAAUGGCAAACGUCUGACAACGGCACUCAUGGUGUCAUUUACUAUGGUGGUUACGAUCUCGUCCAUUGUCAUGCUAAUCGCAGUUUUGCGACGCUGUCGUCAGCUAGCUACUUCCAAUUCACUAUGGCAAAUGUAUAUGUAGAUGGCUUUGGAGUAGCCAAGAGAAUGCAGACAAUCAUCACCUCUACAUCUCCUUACAUCAAACUGCCGUCCUCAGCAUUCAUGUCGGUCCUGACCGCAUUGGGCUUGAAUAAUAAUGUCCCGCUCCCGGCAAAGGUAGACUGCAGCAAGAAACUGCAACUCGGGUUCGAUAUCGGUGACGGUGUGGCGCUGAUGGUGACCGAGCGGAACCUGAUCUUGACGAACAACGACGGUACCUGCACAUUAGCAGUGCUGCCAACAAAUUCCGAUAGUUUCGACCAGGGAAAGCACAUCGAACUGGGUAUUCCGUUCCUACGUGGACGCUGCACUUACUUCGAUACGGGCCUUCAACGAAUCGGAGUCGCUGACGCUAUACAGCAUUGA